CAGGACUGGCCGUUUCGGUCAGCUAUGGUAUCAAUCCAUAUCCUAACAAGCACGCGUAUAUGGCACCCCUCGUCUCUUCCCAAACAUAUCUACACGUUUUCAACACGGACAGCUUCUCACAGUUGGGGUGGUCAGUGCAGAGUACAAGAGCCUCGGAGCGGAGAAGGAAUUGCAAGGGUCACUAUACGAAGGCGCAUUUUUUGCCCUCUAGUUCCAGUUUUCAACGCAACAACAAGCAUGGCCGAUUCGAGCGAAGAUCCCAAGAGCUUCAAGUACAUGCAAUUGUGGGCUUCGCAAGAUGGAGAGACCCACAUUAAGGAAUGCAAGAUGAAAGGUUUUGAUCUGCAGAAAUAUAGUUCUGAAUUGCAGUUUGUGAAAACCGACUUCGGUGGCCAGCCCCAGAAAAUUAUAUUCACUGAGUUAUCAGCAGGAUUGCGCCAGCCACUUCACCCCUGUCCCGAGGUCCAAUUCGUUAUUACCCUCUCGGGUUCUUGGUACAUCGAAACAACCGACGGGAGUCGGUACGAAUUUCAGCCAGGAGAAGUUCUGUUUCAGGACAACACCAAAAACUCUCCAGCUGAUAAAACACCCCAGCACUUCUCGGGAGCAGUUGGCGACCUUCCGUGCCAACAAUUUAUCAUUCAAUUUGACCGAUCCCCCGAAGUUGACAACCCAGAACCUUUCUAAGAUUUACGAUAUGAUUGGAAACUCAAUGUUAUUUGAUGGAAAUAUGUUUUUUAUAUCUUCUCCUUAGUUUGAUUUGUAUGUGAAUGACACAUUCCCUACCGUGAGGUAUCAUGAGGUAUAUCGUUUUUAAAUAAAUCUUCUUUCGUUUGAGCUCGAUGUUU